GACAACAGAAACCAUUGACAACCUGACGAAGAACGCCUCGUCGCUAUCCGAAGCCGAUAUCGACUUUGCGGCCACCGCAUUGUCCAAUCUAAUUCUGGCCACCAGCAGUGAUGAAGACUUCAAUCAGACCCUGGGGAGAGAGAUUGCUGGUUCCGUUCUGGACUCUCGGUGGACAACAUUCUUGAUGCACCACCAACAGAGAUUGAGUCCGCACCGGCUGCAACCAUUGCUCGUACAAUGGAGAGACUCGUCACGUCGCUGGAAGUCGAGGAGGGACAGCCACUGACCAGUGUAACUGAGAACAUUGGGUUUGCCAUUAGCUGCCCCGGGCGAGUCGUUCCACAGUCAUUCCGCGCUGCAGCUGGUACUAGUGGUGAUGCUUUCUCAGUCACUGAUACCAUUAACACUACAUCUGUAGAAGAGAGCACUGAUGAAGCUGCCUUUGACUUACCGGCGAACGCUAUACAUUUUGCAACACGCGGCAGGGCAACGAUGGCGCCAGACGCUAACGGAACCUCCUCCAGCACGCCAUCGUGCCAAGUUGCACAGACCCAGUUUAUUUUGUAUCGCACCGACUCUCUCUUUCAGGACAUCAACCUGACAGGCACAGCUGCUGGAGCCACAACAACUGUGGCAUCGCAGAUUGUCUCUGCUCAGGUUGGUAGAGAAGAGGAGCGUAUUCCACUCGAUGGUGCGAGUGCCUUGAUGUCAUUCAACCUCAAUCUGCCAGCAAUCUCACCGGAGAAUGAAACUCUGGAGCUGGAGUGCGUCUUCUGGGACUUCACAUUGAAUGAAAACCAGGGUGGUUGGAGUCGUGAGGGAUGUUCUCUGAUCAGCAACGGCAGCAGUCGUGCUGUGUGCGAGUGUAAUCACCUGACCAACUUUGCCAUCCUGGUUUCACGGAGAGCUAUUGAGUCAUCCAGUGUGGAAACUGUAGCUGAGAAAGUUCUGGUGAUUAUCUCCUACAUCGGCUGUGGAUUGUCUAUGCUAGGGCUGGUUGCCUCCAUGAUCACUAUUGCAAUUUUCAAGAAACUACGCGCCAGUCUGCAUCAACGCUUGAUGUUUGGUCUGUGUACAACACUCCUCACCAUCAUGAUCCUCUUCAUCGCUGGCAUACGUGCUACAUCGAACAAGGCUGCGUGCCAGUCCGUGGCCAUCAUCAUGCACUACCUUCUCCUGUCUGCGUUCCUGUGGAUGUCGGCCGAGGCAGCGCUUCUCUACACACAACUGGUGAAAGUGUUUGGUGGCACUCCGGCCUGGUUUGCCAAAGCUGUGCUGGCUAUCGUGUAUGGUGCACCACUGGUCAUAGUGGGCAUAACGGCUGGAGUGACUAAACUUGACGCCUACACCAAUGAGAACUACUGCUGGAUAAGUGACUUCAAUGUCUUCUACGGAGCGUUCAUCGCACCAAUGGCACUGACAUUGCUCUACAACAUUGCUAUACUCACCAUUAUCAUACGAUCGCUGCACAAACGUGGCAAGAACAAUGCGUCGAUGAAGCGCAAGGGCAGGAAAGACAACGAGGGAGUGCUGUACCUUGUGCGUGUUGUAGUGAUCCUCUCGUUACUACUGGGACUAACCUGGGUGUUUGGCAUACUAGUGGUUCUUGUCGAUCAUAUCGCCAUGCAAUACGCCUUCGCCAUUUCCAACACACUCCAGGGAUUCCUUAUAUUCGUACUGCACACGGCCCGUGCACAGGAGGUACGCAAGGAGUGGAGCGAGGCCCUCUCCUCGGUCAGUCGACGUGGAUCCAUUGCAUCUCAGCUGAGCUCGGCGCUACGCCGUCGCACCUACUCGACGAUGAGCUCAGGCGACGCACGGCCCCGCGUUGUUAGUAUGACCAGCAAUGGAGCAGGCACCGGGCAACGGCGCUUCAAGAGCAUGCCUGCGAGUAAUACAAGCCUGGGACAGUCGCGACACGCUGCGAAGAACGGGCAUAGUCUGCUCCUGGCAACCAACAGCAACUCUCUCACAAGCCCUCGGACCUCGCCACCACCUGAAUACGAACUUCACACUGCCGUAGCGCCACCACUAUCGCCGGGCUUUGACAAGGAACCAGCCGAGAAGGAAACGAGGCUGUCAUCUCCGUCCGACAGUCUUCCCUCUGACAUGGACUAUUCCGGGUUCGACGACGUCUUUACAAAUGACGUGACUGUGGACGACGAAAGUGGCGAUACGCGCGCCCUCCGACACACGGCUGAUAUCUUUGUUGCAAGAUUGUAGGCAUCCACAACACGGAAGGACAGUGAGUGAGUGAGUGUAUGCGUGCAUGCAUAAGCGAGCGUGCGUGUGUGCGUGUGUGUGUGUGUGUGUGUGUGUGUGUGUGUGGGUGUGUGUGUGUGGGUGUGUGCUUGAGAGAGAGAGAGGGAGAGAGACAGAGAGACUUAGUAAUAAAAUCGCACGGCUCAGAGCUGUUGUAUCGUUGAGAAUAUCAUCGUUGUGCUUUUCACAAGCCUGUGUAUUUAUUUCUCUUGCACAUGCCUUGUGCGUGGCCUGCAUUGUUACGCUUGCUUGACACUGCGCAGCUAUCUUUCACUGAGUAUUUUGUACUCUAUGUAUAGGCACUAGGCUUGCUUGAAACCGAGCGUGCUUGAACUUAGAACACUGCAUGCGAGCACGGCUACUGCUUGAGUCUCUGGCAGAAUAGAGCCAAGGACUGCUAUAUACCUGUUGAUCUCAUUCUUAUGAUUUUUUAAACAUGAUUCAACAACGGUGAGCAUCGGUAUUCAGCCUUGUAGAGAAAAGCAUCAAGCACCACACCAAAACUGCGGUCUCCGUUUACUAUCAUUCAAAACAGCUGUAUGAGGGAAAUGAUUACCAACGGAUGUGA